GCAUUCAGCGCCUUACGGCCGUAAGCACGCGCGUUCUUAACCCUUGUUUGGAUUUCACUUUCCAUUGAUUUAUUUCAAAUUGUGAUUGACUUAAUCACCGAAAACUUACGGAUCAACCUGUUGUGAAAAAGCAACGUGACGCACGCUUUCAACAAAAUAUUCACGAAUGUUGUAUCCUAAACUCGUCGUCCUUCUUCUUGCGUCGUUUUCUAAAGAAUUCUCGGAAGCUACGGGGCAAUGUGGUCUUGUCAACAGAACCGAGCACGGACUUGACAAAGUCUGUGGCUACGAGUUUACCGCUCAAUAUGACUACAAACACCAUUUCACUAGCGCCUCGCGAGCCGUACCGACCCUGAUACGUCUCCUUAAGAAUUGUUCUGCAACGGUGAAUACUAUGAUCUGUUCUCUGUUCGUACCAAGAUGUGAGGAGGAUAUACCUGGACCAUAUUUACCCUGUAGGGCUGUCUGUUACGACUACGCAACGAGAUGCCGAGACGUUAUCGCAGAGAAAGGACUGCAAUGGACAGUCGCCAUGUGCGACAUAUUACCUGAGCGAGAUGACCCAAAUACCAAACUAGGAUACAGAGGAAGAUGUUUUACACCGCCGAAUUUCAAAGACAGCGGCAAAACGUACAAACACAACUGCUCAGAUAUAGUUGUCCCUGCUUGCAAAGGAAUACCGGGCUACACUCAAACAGUAGUUUCAGAAGCGAUACAACGACGAUACCAGAGGUACAUCGAUGGCACCAUCGGCCUGAGAACCAACGGCACCUGUUACGAGAAACGGAAAGAAAUCGUGUGCGCUGAGAAUUUGCCGGGAUGUAUCGAUGGCUCGGCUGCCUUCCUCUGCAGAGACACUUGUGAAAAGUUCUUUAAUACGUGCAAAUCACCAUUCUUUUAUGAGAAAGAUAUGUGUAUGGAAUUUCCGAGCAGAGAAUCCACUCCUAAGUCUGCAUCGGUAUGCAAACAGACCCACUGGCCUCGUGCAGAGAAUUGGAAUUUUUCUGCAACACCGACCGGUCAACCUGUAACAGCCUCUACUGAAGGUGUAAUGACAUCCUUUUCUCGAAGUCCGACUACAUCCAGUUCACGUGGACUCGAAGGAAUUACAAAACAUACAGAUCAAUCCUCAUCCGUUUCUACUAGAGGUACAAAAAUUUUUGUCCCUACAAAAAUUUUCGCCCAUUCUCAAGGGACAGUUAUCCUCAGUUCACCUCAACCCAAAGGGACCACAAAACACACAGAAAAACAACUUCCCGGGAUCCACGCAAGAAAAUCAAUAAAGGACGAGGACUCUAAAACAAACAAAGUAGCAAUUGGGCUUAUUGCAACUUUCAUUGUGAUUCUUGUGAUUGCGAUAGGAAUUGUAGGGGUUUUGUUUUACAGGAAGAAACGAAGAAGUCGUCAAUUUGACUAUCAGAAACAAAUACUCUACUCGGAGGGCAAAGCAGACGAAUUUGAAAUUUUUACUUGAUGUUUCUUAAUGUUCUUUAUAAAACCUCUUUCAUAUAGCUGAUGGGACUGAAAGCUUUUCUUCUAUAUGCAUGGAUCAGUUUUCUUAGCUUCGUACACGUAUGUUCAAAUGAUUUCGUUUUAAAAACGAGGCCAAGAAAGUUUACUUAGAUAUACCAGGCGUUUACUGAGGGAAGUCAGUAGUACAUAAGAACAUGGAGGGUCGUAAAAGUUAUUUAAUGAAAAUUGUCGCCAUAUACAACCGAUAGUAGAUUUAA